AUGGCGAGCCAACCACAACGCGCUACGGUCCAGCGCUUAGGCUACGUGGGUAUAGACUUUGGAAGUACAGGAACCCGUGUGGUUGUUGCAGGUCGAGAGAUCAACCAGAGAAGCAACGAGAGAAUCAUUUCCGACUUUAAUUACCAAAUUCAGGACUCCCGGGCAGACGAUGGAAUAGACAAACGAUUCGAUGAAGGAGAGUACCCUUCAGUUGGGUGCGCUUACGACGGACAGAACGUCAUAGUCGGGUACGAUGCGGCCAACCAAACGGGCAAGAGAACCGUCAGCUUGAAGAGCAUGGUUUAUUUUCUGAGCGACAAUACCGACAACCAUCCGUUCACGGAGGCUCUCUGUGAUUACUACUCGUCGUUGCCAUCUUCGAAGGAGAAAGAAAAUUUCCGGGAUCACCUUGAGAGCAUGCUACUACAAUUCUUUACCAAAAUCAUUGAAGACAUCGUUAUCAAAGCUCAGGAAGAGAAAUUCGACGUCCGUUGCAUUACUCUCUGCAUACCGAAUACGUGGUCAUCUAGCGAGAGCAACAUCCAAAAAUAUUUGGGUCCCUUACUCGACAAGACAGUUUCUGGGAAGGACAUUGAGAUCACCUUCACCUUCGAGGCCGCAGCACGAGCACAAUACCUCUUGCGGCACCACCCCGGACAGCUAACAGGCCACAACUACUUGAUGGUUCUCGACUUCGGUGGCCACUCCAUGGGAGGCUUUUAUGGCGAGUUGAGAUGGAAACACGAUGGCCGUCCCUCGAUAUACUCUCCAUCCCAGAGUGACUUUGGUCUAAGAGGUGGUUAUGAAAUUUGGGAAAUCGAGAUUGGCAAAGCCAUCGACCAACAGAUGACAAAAGAUUGGAGAGCCAGAGAAAGAUUCCCUGACAAGCACAGGCGCACCAUCCGCGCGGCAUUCCUCGACGUGUUCUUCCGGGAGAAGGCACAACUGCCUCUUGACAAGCCCAAGCGCUUGAUCAUUAACCUCCAGAGCAUGCUCGGCGAAUCCGACAAGCACACCUUUGCCAUUGACAUCCCCGUCGAGGUGUUGAAUGCUGCGUGGGACACAGCAUACCGUCAAAUUCUCAACCUAGCAAAGAAGAAUAUCCAACUCGUUGCUAAGAGAGAAGACGUUGAAAAGGUCUUCAUCCUUCUCUCAGGCGGCAGUAUUGCCAACUCCAAGGCCAAAAAUGAGAUCAUGGAGUUCUGUAAUACCUUGGGUCGUCUGCGGUCGCACGGCAGUAUCAAGAACAAGAUCACGGUCAAGGCGAUGAAGGACAUACAGACGGCGGCUUGGAAAUGGACCCUUGCCCAAGGGGCUGCGAAGGCCCUAGCGAUGACAAUGAGCGUUCAGGAGUUCUUUGACAGAGGCGCUGCGUUAGGCAUUCAGACCAGCACAUUCAAAGGGAACUUCACGCAACAUACAUCUGGUCGUGCCAAGCAGCUCUUAUGGAAGGAAGCAGGCGUCGAGAAGCAUUUCACAGUACAGAUCCUACUAGGAGAGAGCGUUGUUAUCCGGCUCAUCGCAGACCCGGAUUUUGUCAACGCCGAAAACGGAUCGUGCAACUCAAGGGCGGUCCUCGCCCAGAAUGCCUACGAUAUCUGGCAAAUCCCCUUUGAGCAUGAGCCCACACCCGGAUCGGGGCUGCUUCAUCGUAUCCCGGAGGGGUACUACAAGAUCGAUGUGUCUGAGAUGAAAUAUGACGGGUGGGAUGCGGUGCUUAUUCUGCGCCUGCGCCCGGACAACUCGCCAGCAAAGCGAGCCGCCCGACGAGCGAAGAGCGGCACCCAGAACAGCGCUGCCCUGGAUGGGGAUACGGAACUGUACCUCGACGUCCCCUUGGUGUCCCACGGCGAGAACAAUAUCGUCGUGCUUGACCAAGACCGCAUCGAGGGCCGUUUCUGGAAGCCGAAAGCCCUUGCAAAGCCUCCAAGCCCAAGCAGCUCUGGAGAGCUCAGGAAGCGGCAAAGAGACCCCGAAGUGAAGGAGGAGGCUGACUCCGAGUUGGAUGAGGCAGGAGAAGGGUAUGAUGGCCGUCCGGUCAAGCGUUCUGCUACGGCGGAUACGUAG